CUUCCCGCCAGUGCGCCGAUCCGCUUCACCUGGCAAACACUCUGGUCUGUCUUUUUUUGUAUUUUUCCUGGCGCGCAGGGGCUGCACACAGAGGCUGCAAUGGGUGGAUUACUACGAGCUGUCCUGAUGACUGUUGCUGUUCUUCCUUGUCUUCACGUAGUCCAGGGCAUCGCACGGAAAGCCGUCUGCUACUCCAAAGGGAACGUGUCCAUGGCUCUCUACUUUGAACAAGGAAGCAUAGAACUACCAGUCUCCAUCAACGGUGAGAUUACUGGCCUCUCACCUGGCAAACAUGGCUUCCACGUCCACGCGCUCGGCGACUUCACAAACGGUUGUGCUUCCACCGGACCUCACUUCAACCCUAUGAAAAAGGACCACGGAGCUCCCACUGACAGCCAAAGGCACGUUGGCGACCUCGGUAACAUCGAAGCCAACACUGACGGACUUGCCAUCAUCUCUAUGAAUGAUGACCACAUUUCCCUGGUCGGCGCCCAUAACAUCAUUGGACGCUCGCUCGUGGUCCACGAGAAGCCUGAUGACCUUGGCAGAGGCCAAACGAACGAGAGCAAGACCACUGGAAGUUCGGGAGCUCGCGUCGGCUGCUGCCUUGUGGGAUUCGUUUCUGCUUCGGUUCAGCUGUGUCCAAACUGGACUCUGGCUUCUUUGUUGCUGAUUCUCGCCUCCAAACCACUUUUGUACAGCUAGGGACUUUUUACAACCCCUGUAUAUACGCCCUUUUAUUGCUGCCAAUUUUGACGAAGUCAAAUAAAUUAUAUUUUCGUUA